AUGUCUCGCUUCUCCAUCUCUCGCCGUCGUCUCGGUCAAAUCGCCAAAACCGCUGUGGGUCUCGCUGCCACUGGCGCGACUGGCUUUUAUCUCUGGACGCGCAACUGCUAUUUUGAGCCAUUCGGACCGGAAUUAAACGAACCAUUAUUCAGACAUCCCAUGCUGAAGCAGCUUAAUCCAUGGAACAAACCGCUUUCGUUUGAUUCCUGCGUGCGAGAGGUUUCGUUUGACAACCUGGAUGAUGGCUUGUUGGAGGAUGCGAGACAGGGUGGGACCAAGCUGAUUGAGAGGUUUUCGGAGGGAAUGUGGGGAGGUUAUGCAUAUGCCAUUCAACGGAGAAUCCUGGAAUCUUUCAAGGAUGAGACGUGCAAACACGAUGUUUGGUCUCGAGAAGAACUCUUCAAGUGCAAAUACGAGCCUGGCACAGUCUUCACAAACCAUUUUGCCGUUCUCGAAAAAACCCCAACAUGCCUCACAAUGCGCGGCUGCUUCGGCCCUCGCCAAGACCCUAUAGUACCACAGAACGUCGACAAUCUGUUUGAGCUGCGGGCCGAGCUGGAUGAGCGGCGAAAAGUCGUCAAGCUCAAGUUGAGAUGCCUCACAUUUGACGGGACCGAGGGGGCCAAGGAGGAUCCCGAUCCGUUUGGUGGAGUUGCUGGGUUCUUGCAUAGGCGGUAUUCGAGUUUGCUUGUUGAGUCGGGUGCCGGGAAUUGUUUGCGGUGA